GGUGGUGGUGUUUCAGUCGCCUCCUCUCUCGGAUGUUGACAGUGCGUUCAUUGAAAAAGAAUGCACGGCUCACAGUGUUUUCUGCCUUAAAUUGAAAGUCGCUUAUUUCAAAGCGCUAAUAUCCGAAGGAUAUCUGAAGCAACCCAAAUGUUCUAGCUUUUUUCCAAGUUGUGAUAUCCUCCUCCCGUGUGUGGGAGGUAAGUGUUUGUUUGCUGGCUUUUUUCACCAUGCUUUACCUGACACCUAACGGUAGCAGCAGUAGUCCAUGCGCAUCUCUCACUAAACUGAAUUUAACGUCAAGUUACUAAAACACACUAACCACCAUCAGCAUGCAAAUACGUUUAGGAGUAACUAUUUUCUGUGUCACGUUUCGAAGAGUUCUAACGCCUCGAGAUGAGGCUAGUUGCCCAGUUAGCCACAUUAGCUAUUAUCCUUUGGUCAUGCCAUUAUUUUGCGACUUCCACUGAUGGUCGCGCGCAAGUCUGUUUACCUUCUGUUUGGUUGAUGUGUUGAGAUAAUUAACAUGUCUUCUUGAUAUGCCACAUCAGAUGAUUGCAACGUGAAGACAAAAGUGGGCAGCACUGUAAAGACUUUUUAAAAUGAGCGGUUAACAUUAAUGGUUUAAAACUUAUGGAAACAAUGUCGUAUCCAAAAUGGUAAUUAACAUUCGCCGUCAUGGCGCGCGCAUCUCAAACAUUUCAUGACCAGCACUGGCAUCGCCUUGUUUCCAAAGUCGACUUGUUCCUGAAUAGCUAUGAGAAAACGUUGCUUCUACGUUUAGAGACAACAAAAGACGCAUAUUUAUUACUUUGGAUCUACUGACAGUUAUUUGUUACAAACUGGACACUUAGGGAUGCUUUCAUGGUAUUUGCAACUUCACUUGAAAAGUUCUCAAUUCUGAGUAGUGACUGAAUAAUCGGUCAUGAUUUUAUUGUGUCUUCACUGUACAUGGCAUGACCUCUGACAUUCAUUAAUUCAUCUCUACUCUUUCCAGCGCAACCGUGUGCUGCUUGCUGCAUGUGUGUGCCUUUCCAUGUCAUUCCCAUAACCCUUUGCAUGAGAUCCAUCUACCCAUCCAUGUCCCCCAUCUGUUUGCAUGCAUGCCUGCCAACUGAACCUUGAAUGAGCUGCUCUUCUCCAUUGCCUUGACCUCCGACUUGUCAACCAGCAAGUGUGUGAGAGCGAAAAAUGGGCAAGGACAAAGGUUAUAACAACAACAACUACAACACUAUGGUUUUCUCCUCUUCCACCAAGAGGGGAUCCGGUUGCAGCAACAGCAACAACGCACCCCCCCGCCGCUCUGCCUCCUGUGGCCCCAGUACCAGCAAGGCAGAGCGCGAGAUCCUGAGACUACGCUCGGCUCUGGAGGCCGAGAGGGGCCGCCACAAGGACGCCCAGCACAGGUUCUCCCAGGAGCUGGGGCGCGUGCGUGAGGAAGGCCGGCAGGAGCGCGAGCAGGCGCUGCGGGAGCUGACCUCCAGGCAGGAGAGGCAGAGGGCCUCGGCUCUCCAGAGGCAACGCGAGGCCCUCAGCAAGGAGCACGCUGCCGAGGUUCGGCAGCUGCGCCGCUGGAGGGAGCGCGAACGAGAGCGCACCGGCGCCACCCUCAAGCAGGCCCAGGAGCUGCAGCGACUCCUGGCUAAAGAGCUGUGUGGUGCUGUUGGUGGCGGUAUCGGCAACACAGGCCCAGGUGGCAUCAGAGACAGCACUGGGCUACCAGGAAAGCCCGACCCGCAGGACAUUAAGACUCUGCUGGGCGGGCGGUCGGCAGGCGGAGGCGGUGGUGGAGCUGUCUCUGUCUACUGCAAGCUGGAAGAGCUGCUGGCCAGGCUGCAUGGGCAGGCGAGCGGGGAGCAGGCGCUGCUCCUGCAGGGCCUGCGACAGGAGCUGGAGCUGGAGAAGAGCCGCUUCAUCUGCCAUCUGCUGGAGAAACACGGACACGCGCAGAGCACCAGGCCCUCCACCGCUCCAGGCGAGGAGGCCGCAGAGGCAGCAGGAGCUCCCCCAGUCCCAGCACCCCCAGGCAAGGAGGCCCCACACCCAAUCCCUGCACCCAGAAGGAACCGCCACCGCUCCACCAGCUGUGCCCAGAUCCUGUCUCGCCCGGCGUCUCAACAGGGCCAAGACGGCACCCCUGGGGGUGGUGAUGCUGCUGGGAACAGUAGUGGUAACAGCCGUGGGGCCUCCCCGACCUGCGCCAGGUCUCAGUCCCAGAGGGCCCAGCGGUCGAGCCAGCAGCAGCAGCAGCAGCAGCAGCAGCAGCAGCACGGGGGACCCCCAAAGAGGAAGCAGCGCAGCCGGAGCAUGCGAGGUGGUGGGGGAGGACUGACCUUGUCCCCGGGGAAGCCGCAGCGAUGCUCCAGCCCUGUGGAGAGCCAGAAGGAGGCCAACUCCAACUCAGAGGGGGGACCCGCUACCUCGUCAUCGUCCUCGUCGGAAAUGCCCCAGACGCCGGACAACUCCACCCCCUCCAGAUGCUCGGUGGAAAACAUGGAGGAUGUGAAUGGCAUGGACUACGGCUUCCUGGUGCGUCAGAACUCUGAGUUGCUGCGGGCGCUGGAUGAUCUGGAUAAGACCUGCGCCACACUUAGAGAAGAGAACAGCCUACUGAGGAAGAGCAGCUCUCCAGAGACGGAGGAGAAGGUGAAGAGGCUGAGGAAGAAGAACACAGAGCUGGCCGUCAUUGCCAAGAGGCUGGAGGACCGUGCACGCAAGCUGCAGGAGGCCAACCUCAAAGUGGUUAACAGCCCGUUCCCAGUGAAGGCUGGCGCAGUGGAGCAAUACAAGCGGGCAUUUGCACGUCAGCGGGCGCGAGACCUGGCGCAGCAUGCAGACACGCUGCUGUCCAAGGACAAGGAGAUCACCGCCCUGCAGCAGGAGUGCAGGGAGCUGCAGAGCCACAUGGGACACAAUAAGGGUGUGCCGGGUCCGUGUGCGGUGCCCGACUUUGAACGUCUCCUGCGGGAGUCCCAGAAGGAGGUGCUGAGGCUGCAGAGGCAGCUGUCCGUCUCCAUCUGCUCCUCACGGGAGAACACCCCUGACACCGUCACGACAAACGCUGACACCCCUGACCCAGCUCAGCCCGCCGACAUUACAGACAAGGCCGCGGCUGAGACCCCGCCCCCAGUGUUAGAUGAGGCCCCUCCCACGUGCGAGGAGACUCCUGCAGAGGAGGAGGAGCCGGGGCCCCGAGUGACGCCAGAGCCGAGCCCCAGCCCCAGCCCCACCCCCACCCCCACCCAGCCACACCCGGAGGAGCAGACACAAGAGCAGCGCAUACAGUUUCUGGAAAGUGAGUUGAGCAAAAAGAGAAAAGAAUGUGAAAGUCUCGAGCAAAAUGUCAAGAAGCGGCAGAAGAGAUGUCUGGAUUUGGAGAGCCAGCUCGAUGAGGAGCGAGGCAAAAAUGAGCGAUUAGCCGAGGAGGCAGAACUCCUCAGGCGGAAGGCUCAGCUGCUUGACCAGUCCCAGGCUGAGAAUGAGGAGCUGAGGCAGGAGCUCUCUGAAGUGAGCGCUCUACACAGUUCAGCUCUCGAGGAGAACCAGAGACUCCGUGCCAAACUGGAGAACCUAGAGCAGGUCCUAAAGCACAUGCGAGAGGUCGCUGAGCGAAGGCAGCAGCUGGAACUGGAACAUGAGAGUGCACUGGCUAUCCUCAAGUUCAAGCAGGAUGAGAUCAAGCGGCUACAUCGGGCGCAGUUAUUUGCCAAACGGGAGCAUGAGGGGGUUGUUCAAAUGCUGGAGGACUUGAUCCAGCUUGUAUUGCAGAGGGAGCUGUCCAAGGUGCGAGAGCUGGAGGACAAGUGCCGGAGUCAGAGCGAACAGUUCGGCAUGCUCUCGCACGAGCUGGAGAAGUUCCGGCUGCAGGCCUCCAAAGUCGACGUGGAGAGCGCGACGCUGCUCUCGCACCCGGGCCUCGCGCACCUGACCAACGGGCUCCCGGGGGACACAGGUAGCGUCCAGGGCUCCUCCUCCUCCUCCCUCAUGGGGCUCAUAGUUGAUGUGGAGGCCCUGCUGAGGCUAGGCUCUAGUCCCCAUGGCACAGGCCUCAGCCGGCCCGAGCGCUCCCCCACCACCAAGCACCGCGAGCUGCCCUCCAUCAGCGCCAAGUCAGCCUCCACCUCCAGCACCACCAAGUCCGACCCCACCCAUCUCUCGCCCCGCUCGCCCCGUUCGCCCCACAGCCCACGCAAGGCCAGCCCCACACAUGAUGUGGACACAGCCAGUGAGGUGGAGGAGCUGGACAUCGACGUCUCUCCUGCUCCCUACAAUGCAAUCAGAGGGGCUGCCAAACUACAGGUCUUCAUCGCCAGAUACAGCUAUAACCCUUACGAUGGCCCCAAUGACAGCCCAGAGGUGGAGCUCCCUCUCACAGCAGGAGAGUACAUCUACGUGUACGGGGACAUGGACGACGAUGGGUUCUACGAGGGUGAGCUGAUGGAUGGCAGGAGAGGGCUGGUCCCCUCCAACUUUGUGGAGCGCGUAUCGGAUGACGACAUGAUGAGCGCGGCGGCCCACGAGGCCGGAGACCUGUCCCACAACUCCCUCCUGGACAGCAGUCUGCACAGCGGCAGCGAGCGCUUCCAGCACCACUCGCUCUCCCAAUCCCAGUCUCACUCCACGUCACACCCCCACGCCCACCACGUACGCUUCGGGCCCUCUGUCACAGGCCCCACGAUCACUACCAUCAGCACCACCACCACCAACACCCCAGCUGCUGCUGCUGCAGUAGUCUCCUCGGACAUCUCCGCCGCGUCACUACCCGACCCUGUCUCCUCCUCCUCCCCUAGCCUAGUAGGCAAGACGGCCCCCGUCCCUUCCACCACCCCGUCCCCAGCCCCGUCCCUCUCCGUCCCCAUCACCAACGGCCUGGACCUGGACCUGGAGGAAGUGGAUGUAGUGCCUUACCCCCGCAAGCUCACCCUCAUCAAGCAGCUGGCCAAGAGCAUCAUCAUCGGCUGGGAGCCGCCGCAGAUCCCGGUCAGCUGGGCCUCGGCGUGCAGCACCUCUCUGUGGAGCUACAACGUCUACGUGGACCAGGAGCUGCGAGCCAGCGUGCCCUUUGGCAGCCAGACCAAGGCGGUGCUGGAACGUGUGGAGGUGGGCCUGCGCGCCUAUCGCGUCUGCGUGCAGUGCCUGACGGAGCGCGGCGGCUCGGACCAGCUGCGCUGCAGCCUGCUGGUGGGCCGCGAUGUGUGCGUGGCGCCGAGCCAGCUGCGCGUGGAGCGCGUCACCGCCACUUCGGCCACCCUGCUGUGGUUGCCCAGCAACAGCAACUACGUGCACAUCGUGUCGCUGAACGAGGAGGAGUGUGAGCUGGUGAAGGCCGGCUGCUACUCACUGUGCCUGAGCAACCUGACGCCCAGCCUGCAGUACCGCGUCAAGGUGGAGGCACGGCCGCACCGCACGCCAUGGGAGCUGCCACCGGAGCAGCGCGAGCAGAAGACCACUACGGCUGUCUUCAACACGCUCCCCGCCGGUCCCCCAGACGCCCCUCUGGACGUGCAGCUGGAGCAGGGCCCCUCUCCAGGCAUUGCCACCGUCAGCUGGCUGCCCGUCACCAUUGAUGCUGCUGGGACCUCCAACGGCGUCCCUGUCACUGGCUACACCCUCUACGCAGACAAGAGGAAGGUGCUGGAGGUAGCAUCCCCCACGGCAGGCAGUGCCCUGCUGGGCCCAUCCCAGAUCCAGGCGGUGAAGUCUGCCCAGGAGCUCACUGUGCGCACCAUGUCGCCCCACGGGGAGUCCACUGACUCCCUUGCCGUCAACGUCCAGGCCAAACUCCCCGCCAUCAUGGCCGGCCCGGCCAUUCAACCCCCUAGUCAACCUGUGCCAGUCCUGGCAGCCACUGCCACCGCUGUGCCCAUUGCCAUGCCUGCCGCCACCAUGCCGUCCUGCCUCGCCAACUCACCUGCCAAAAUGCCAGCGCUGCCCUAUAGCUUGCCACCGCCGCCGCAACCAGACGCACACACCAUGGUCCCCGGCGGGGGGGCCUAUGCCAAUCCAACCACCGCUAAUGCCCCCCUGCUCGCCACCGCGAACGCUGCCCCGUCGUACGCGGAGGUGUGGGCGAACCCGCACGUGCCUGUGCCACCCGUGCCCAUGCCAGUGGCACCUGUGCCCGUGCCUGUUCCCAUGGCCAUGCCCAUGCCUGUGUCUGUGUCUGUGCCAGCGGCCAUGGCAAUGCAGCAGCCGCCAGCGACCCUCAACCACCCAGCGGUCUGCAUGCCGCAGGUGAGUGUGGCCGUGCCACCCAGUGUCCACCCCCCACUGGAGCCCAGCGGCAGCCCCGUGCCCGAGGCCCAGCGGCCUGUCAUCUCCAUCAACGAAUUCCUGGAGCAGCACCCUCCCAGUGCCAACCAGCCCCAGCAGCCGCAGCCCCGCCCAUUACCUGCCCCCGUCGGCCCUGGGCCCGCGCCCGUGGGACCCGCACCCGUACCUUAUGACAGUAACCCCAUGCGGCCGCCCAACCCAUCGCCGUUUGAGUCAGAAGUAGAGGAGGAGCUAGAGAACACACGACUGGCAUCCAUCGAGGAGUUCCUGAGACCAGCCAGGCAACAGGCUUACCCUGAGCCAUCUCUGGACUACCAGCUGGAGAGCAGCAGAGGAUCGGACCUGUCUGACAUCCUGGAGGAGGAAGAGGAGGACCUGUACUCCGAGACCGGCACAGAGGUCCGCAUCAGGGGCUACGGCACAGCCAUUACUGGCAGGCCCCUGGCCUGGGAGCCGGACAGUGAUGAGGAGGUGCUGGAGCGCAUCCUGAAACUACCUGCUCAUGUCUACCACGCCAAGCAGCUCUUCAGCAUCCCAGAGGAAGAGGACCACUACACCGCAGUACAGCAACCCGCACCCCAACCCUUACGCUCCGCACUCCGCAACCCCAGCGGCAGACCCACCGCCCAGCCUCGCGGCGCUGCGGGCAAUCUCCGGCGGCCCCAGCAGCACCGCGUCCACUACGCCGACCAGGUGGCCACCAUCGCCUACUCGGGGGAGGACGAGGAGGACGCAGCGUCCGACAGUAGCCUCUACGACGGCCCGGACAGCCACAAGAUCCGCUCGCGCCGUGCCCCGGCCUCACACUCGCCCGCCGACCGACUGCGGAGAGAGGUCAUGCUGCGUAACCAGAUGUCUUCCCACGUAGCCGAGACGGUAACCGCGGCCCUGAAACCGCCGCCAGCGUCCUGCUCGGCCGACGCCUACCUGGUGAGCCGCACGGUGCGCCGCACCAAGUCGCCGCCGGGCACGCGCGUAGAGAUCGAUUUGGAGUACGGCACGGACGACGGCCAGGAGGAGGAGGCGGCGCCUGCUGUGACCUUUGAUCCCAGCGAGGUGGUGGUGGAUCAGAUGAGUUCUGAGUGGUGGGUGGAGGGAGGGCACCACACAGCCGACUGCAGGAGACCACCGCCUGCCACGGCCAGGAGGCUCAUACCGCCGCCUCACACAUGGGAUGAAGCAGCCCAGGCCCAGAUGCCCCCUCAGCAGGCCCCCAUGAAAGUGGACGACAACGCGGUGCGUGUGUUUGUGGCACUCUUCCCGUACGAUCCUGCCAGCAUGUCACCUAAUCCUGACGCGGCCGAGGAGGAGCUUCCCUUCCGAGAGGGACAGAUCAUCAAGGUAUAUGGGGACAAAGAUGCGGAUGGUUUCUUCCGCGGUGAGUGUAAUGGGCGCAUGGGCUACGUCCCCUGCAACAUGGUGUCCGAGAUCCAGGUGGACGACAUGGAGACUCGUGACCAGCUGCUGCAGCAGGGCUUCCUGACCACCGAGGCCUCACUGGACAAGAUAGGCACCACUCGCUCACACGCACAGCUUCCACGCCGCCCUGUACCGCCGCCGAAACCUAGACGAUCCAAGAAAGUGGAAUCGGCCGGAGUGUGGGACGACAGCUCAGUGGUAGACUCCUCCAGUCAAGAUCGUAGCCAAUCAGGGCCUGCCACAGGAAACCCAGGACAUCUACAGCGCAGGAUGGUGGCCAUCUUUGACUAUGACCCACGCGAGAGCUCUCCCAACGCUGACAUAGAUGCCGAGCUGACCUUCAGUGCUGGUGACAUCAUCUAUGUGUUUGGUGACAUGGAUGCGGAUGGCUUCUUCUUUGGAGACCUGAACGGCCACAAAGGCCUGGUGCCCUCCAACUUCCUGCAGCCGUACCCUGAGGUGAUGGAGGAGGUGCCAGGAGCCGUAGCCGGCGGCGCAUCCAGAGACCACCACGUGGUCAUCGACGCCAGGCGAGACUUACCGGUAAAUGAGAAGGACGUGUCCAUGCAUUCAGAGGGUCCCAUGGCUGGUGCCACAACAGAAGAUUCCCCACCCAGACCCGAGACCGGAGCCGAUCCUGAGCCGGGGCCCAGUGUCAGCCACCUACAUGACUCACUAACCAGCCCAAGCUACACCCCGAUGGGGACCCCGGCCACGGACGAGUCCCCGCUCACAGACUCGUCCCUCUCUGGCAAGAAGAAGAUGGGCUUCUUCUCCAAAGGCAAGAGGCUCUUCAAAAAGCUGGGCUCCAGCAAGAAAGAGUGAAAGCUAUGACUGUUAAGUUUUACUUUUUUUUUUUUGUUCAGUCUCCCCACACAGGAAGCACUUUUUUAUGUUGUUUAGUCUUAACUUAAUGUUAUUUAUAAUUGUAACAAGUAUUAAAACAAUAAGACUAGUUUCACUGUGCUAGGUUCUCCUAGACGGAGGUGUCCUAAGACUAAUGUACCGUUAUAUUAAUACACUAUAUCUUGGAUGACGUCAAGUCACCUUAAAAGACAGUUACAGCUGCACUCUGCAUGGCUCCAAAAUGCAUCCUCUGUGUUGCCAUGGUAAGAUACUAUAUAAAAACAAGAGUAGUAGACACUGGAAAGCUAUUUGCUACGGGCACAAUACAAUACACUAGCUAAACACUAAAAUGCAUCCGUCAUAGGUCAAUUUUUAAAGAGUAGAAAUGCAGCUUAAUAAAUGCAGCAUACAUGUGUUACCCUUUUCGCUAAUGUACUAAAAAAGUGAAUUGGAAGCAUUCUUGAGUAUUUAGACAUGUUACACAGCUUUUUCUCUGUAGGAGACUAACACUCCUGGCUUACUUCACCAUCCCAAUCUGAUAAAUUAGCUAACAUUUUCAUAAUUGUCACCUCUGACACAUUGGCAAGGGGACCAUAGGACCAAUGGACCAUCUGAAUGAUGUGAACCUUAAUACUACUGGGACUGCGUAUUUAGACUAUCCUUUAGACAUGAUCGGUGAACAUUGCAUGAGAUCUUCUUAUGCUUCCCCAGCGGGGUGAAAAACAAGUGAGUUUGCGGUGAGUUGUGUGCAAGUGAUGUUUGUUGUCGGCAGUUUCAGAUUUUGUCUCGGAACUCGUAUCUGAGCGUGGUUUAUCUGUUUUUCUUUUCUCUUUUUGAUGUAAACACGCACAUUUGUGUGUGUUGAGGUCAUUAUGAGAUCGUAUGUGUGCGUGUUUGUGUGCAUUUCUUUGUUUGUGCAUAAGUGUGUACUUCGGGGAAUGUCGUUGCAGUGAUAUGCCUUGAGCCUGUCUUCAUUUUGUUUGUAAAACGAUCAGCUACUUCUGUUUCAUUUUAUUUGCCUCCGUUUUAGGAGUGAUGGAUUGUUGUGAGUAUUCCACAAAAACCUAAUUCCAACCAAUAACACUACAGGCUGCAUGUUAGCAAAUAACACACUCAAAAAACACACCAAUUGUUUUAGAACCAUGGACUAAAGAGCUGUGGUCGAAGCCAAACUGUCCAUCAAUUCCACUACCACAAUAUGCAGUAAUCAUUUGGAGAUGUUCUUUGUGUUUGUUCUGGGUCGUUACAGGGCUCAUGUUGAAAAAAAAAAACACUUCUCAGGUUUGAACUUGUAGUUUAUCAGCUUUCGUGUGAGAAGCUGUGGCUGUUUGAAAACCGCAGGAUUCUGACUCUUGCCAAAACAUUAGGUGCUUGGCCUGUUACUAUGACAACUAGACACCUACCUACCAUUGAUCACCAGCCAAUUAAUGUGGGAGUGGGUCAAAGCACGAAUAAAUCUUUUGAGAUCCACCAGGAACAGUGUUGACAGCAAAAACUCCUCCAGUUAGUUGAACUUGAAAGACUCUCACCAUAUGAGAAAUGGAGAGAAAUUGCCAAGGACCUCACCAUAACUGAAGUCUCGUCACUUCAGUUUCGAGUACAGUGCAGUGUGGUCAGAGGCCAUCUGAAAUGCGUUGAAAUGCUUGGCCACUCGCUACGUAUCCCUCAAUGGCCUUUAGCUGUCCUCCAUUUCCCUCACAGCAAGCACUAUAACAGUAUACAGGCAGCAGAUGUAACCGUUAGCGAUGCUGCAGUAAGCUUCAGGAGUGCACAGCCCUGGCCUCAUAGACGCUUAGCCUGGGGGUGUAUUCCAAGAACACGGUUAAGUGACAAACCUAGCCGACUUAACGUACAGAAAGUGGUAAACUUGGUAAUGCACAGUCUGUGGGCCUCAUUUUGUUAAGAAAAUGAGUACUCCAGGCUGUUUUAUUAGCUGAUUUACCCUCAGUAGGUUCACAUAGCCUAGUUUUCUGUUGAAACAGCGUCUGGGAAUCCUCCCCACACGGCCUGGCCUGGUCUGCCCACUCCUGACCUCCAUAGCCCUCCAUAGCAUUCGCCGUCCACCCGCAGCCCGUCCCGCUCCGCUCCCCACUAGACGACAAAGCAAGCAGCACUGUAGAUUUACCAGCUCUAAUGUUUUAGCCUUAUAAGACAUUGUUUAGUCUUACAAAUCGUUGUUUACACCGUACUUGUACUAAACUGCAUGCAUAAUGACGUUUAUGCCCAUGGUUGGCCUUAUGGAUUUAUUUAUAUAUUUAUAUAUUGACCAGGCAUUUUGUUUGCAGUGUUUGGUUUUUAUUUUGUUCUUGUCGUUUUGUUUUCCAAGUAGUAUUUCUUGGGAGUGUUUGUAAAAUGCAGAGAAGGCCUAGUGUGUUUGAACUGAAACUGCAUAAGUUAGGUGUGUAUAUACUGUACAGUGUUUUGGUCCCAGUUAGCAUCACGGCUUUGACUUUGUGGUAUGAUAUUUACUCAUCCACUGAAAGAGUUCAUUCUUUUGACCGUCCAAUCAAAGCUUGUUUUCUUUUUUGUACUUUGCCGUUUUUUUCUUACCAGUUGUUUUCAACAUUUGUUUGUAAAUACAAUUGUUUUUUUUGUUUUGUUUUUUUGUUUUUCUUUUUGUUAUUUUCAGAAUUAUCUUUUUGCAUGGCGCAGCAGUGUUUUGAUUGAAGAGCAAGAAGAUCACAUGUUGGGCUCAUGGAGUCCUCAUCUCGAAAGUGCAAAGGUUGCAUUCAUCUUUCAAUAUGGACCUUUUUGCUAAAAAUAAAAGUCUAUUUUCACAUGAA